GGGCUCAUGUUCUUGAUACUCUCUCUCUGCACACCCUAGUCCGUUCUCUCAUGCUGUCCUACUUCUGGGACCAAACCGGAGAUGAAUCCAGUCCAGCUCAGCCCAGCCCAGUUUCCCAUGGCCAUUGUCUCUUCAACGCAGGCAUUCCUCGGCACAUCCUGGUCUUCUACUGUGCCCUGUUCUCUCACUGUAUUUCCAGACACGCCUCAACCUUAUCUUUGCUCGCUAUCAGCGCUGGAUGAGAACGUCCAAGUCACAUUCGGCAUGUCGGCGGAACUCGGAUUCCACUACGAAUCCAAACUUAUCCAUGACACCCCCUCUUUUCAACUCAGAAUUGCACCACACCGUUUCUUCCAUUGCAUUCUACCAGUACCAAGUCUCCAGGCUUGUCUCUCUACCACACACACUCACACACACACACGCGCAUAUACACCUAGGCUCAGCUCUGCAUGCGUUUACAGAACAGAUCGAGUCUCUUACCGAGGCCGGGGAUGCAGGCGGCAACGGCGCGAGGUCCAGCCAAGCCAUUCAGUGCCAAACCAGAUGUCACCGGCUACCAACACCGGGCUUUCCCCCCACUCCAAUCUUAUCAAUUUCCGUCAGAUCCAAAAGCCAACCCCUCCCCCCUGUAGCCGGGACCAGCUGCUGACGCCUGUGGUAUGCGUGUCUUGCGUGUGCCUGCGCCCGCGAGCAUGAGAACAGCGGACGGCGCACAGAAAUGAUGAUCCGGGGGUGACCGAUGUCAUCAUCCCGCUUUGGCCUGAUGACUGGCGGGCGCGGACCC